GCUCUCGACCAGUUCACCUCAUCCACGUCUCAGUGAUGGUAAUAAGCCGUCGAAGUCUCUUCUCAACUCAGUUAAAAGGUUAGAAUAUAUAAGAGAGAGAGAGAGGCAGACAGAUAAACUCAUUGUUAAAAGGAUUUUAUAUCAAAUCAGAAUCAAGCAGUGUUUGCAAUUACCAUUUAAAAACAAAAUUCCGCCCGGGACGCUUUUGGAAAAGUGAAAAUCGGAAAAUCAAACAUAACUUGACGCCAUAAAAGAUGGAAUUUUGUAGUUACGAAGACCUCAAUGCCUCUUUCAGCUUCGAAGAGCAGAUUUUCAUCGGCGACAACGCCCUCGACCACCUCUGCCAAACUUACCUGGGCAAUAUGGCCUCCUUUGCAGAGUCCUACACGCCAGAGGCCCCGGCUAACAGCGUAGGAUUACUCGACCAAAUCGAGGCCUUCGCCAGGACAGACAUCAGUCUCUGGACUCCUGAGGAUUGCCUGGACUGGGCAGGCAGCAUCUGCCGGAAGAGGGGCAUAGACCAGUCUACAGUGGACCUCUGGUCCUUCCGAAGUCACACUGGAAGCGACCUUCUUCAGUUCACGUCUCAAGACUUCUCGAAUCUAGUGGGAUCCAUCUAUGGUCCGGUAUUCCACGGAGAAUUCACAGACCUUCGUCACAAGAGGGAACAAGGAAAAAUGUUCGGAGCUGUUGGAGGAACUGCUCCCGUCUCCUCCUCCUCCUCCUCCUCCCUCGUACCUCAUCACCAAGUGGCGGCCUCCUCCUCUCCCUACGACUAUCCCGGCUCCGAAGCCGGUUACGACAGUGAUCCUCUGGAGCUGACCUACGAGGACAUCCAGGAACUGGAUCGGUACAUCCACCAUCCGGAUUACGACCCCAUGUCCUCUGGGGUAGGGCCAGGGGGACAUGGAGGGCCUCUUGGAGACGACCUCAGUCUCCCCGAGCAGUUUAUGCCCAUCAAGCUGGAGGAGCAGCAGUACAUCCCCGAAUCCGUCAUGCACACUACCACCACCUCUUCCUCGGCCGAGGACGCUUCUUCGGCUUCGGGUCAAGAGCACCUUCAGAAGCUCCGCCCUGACGCCAAAAAGAGACCGCGUGGUCCCAAGAACUGGGAAUUUGUCAUCAGGCUGUUGGCUGAUCCAAAAACCAAUCCUUCCUUAAUCCGAUGGGAGGACCAGAGUCAGGCAACAUUCAGACUGGUCCAGCCCACAACCAUUGCCAAAAUGUGGGGUCAGAGGUCUAACAAGCCAAACCUGACCUAUGAUAACUUCGCUAGAGGUCUUAGGUAUCACUACACGACAGGUGCUCUCCAGGCAGUGUCCGAGAAGCAACUAGUCUAUCGCUGUGGUCCCAAGGCCUUGAAAUACCUCAUUGACCUCAAAAAGGAAGGCUUGAUGCAGCCUCCUUCUUCUUAGACUCAUUGCAAGUGCACUGAGACUCGAGAAAAGAAAGCGGGUUAGCUGCCGACUCCAUAGACUCGUCGUGAAGUCAUCGGGACUUACAGCUUUAUCUUGCAGUGGUGUCGCCAACGUGAAAAGAGAUGGACCAUUACAGUUGCUCUUUGUCCAGUUGAAGUCUCCAUAAUCUUUCGCUGCAGUUUCCUAUGUGAUGAAGCCUUCUUGCACUGACCUUCUCAAGACACAACAUGAUCUCAUCAGUCCAAAGAACGUUCACCUGUUGCAACCUCCAGUGACGCCAAUCUCAUUGUCAGAGUUGAUAUUACUACGCCAUGUCAUGCCUGUGACAGUAAAGGUGGUAGGAUAACUUUUUUCUGGCUAAUCCCACGAGCAAUUGGAAGUGGAGAUUGAAGUGCCGGCUGCAGACAUCAAUAUAUUGAGUGCCAAAGAUUACAAUGCAGUGACUGGGCUUCAGCGAAGGACGCUACGUAGCUAUGUCCCACUUCUAGAAACCACACAUUCUGGUGCAUUCCAGCCUCGUUGGCUCGUUCCGAACCUGGCCUCCUCCAGGAGUGGAGGAGCAGCCGUCCAAAAAGUGAUGUUCACUCAGAGCGCCCAUUUUUCCAGAACCCCGUUCUUUGCUAUUCGUUCUAGUUCAUCCAGGCAGUUAUUUAUAACUUAGGUUAGUUGACGUAAAGCAUAUCGUGCCUUUAUUUGACGCAUCUCGUUUGCCGAGGUCCGCACGUCGCAAGCUUUACACCCUUCCCCUGGAAACGUAACUGUGGAGUAUGGAGUAUCUUCAUACUGCAAAGUGAGUGACCAGCGUCAUUUAUAGAUUUAGUUAAUUUAUAUAUAGAUAUUCAUUCAUCUUUCAUCAAUAGUUAUAUAUAUAUGUAUAUAUAUAUAUAUACAGUGACCUCUCAUAUAUCUUCCGUCUGUGAUAGAGCAGCGCAUUACGCUUAUCAUGAACCUGUUUAUACGUUUUAUUAUACGCUUAUGAACGCUCGUUUCGAGAGCUUAUUAUUUAAAUGUUUGUUAGUGUGUAACUCGAGUAUCUUCUGCGAAGGAGCCGAAUGCAGAAAUGUAAUUUAUUAUGAAA